AUGGCAGUCAUUGUGGUUGUCUACGUCUGCUUCAUAAUUUUUGACGAAUUGCGGACUUAUGUAAGGAUAAGACAGGAUCACUUGACAUCCCCUCAGCAUCAGUGUUGCGCAUCAGCAAACACGGUUCUGGUGACGGCAAUCCCCUUUAAUGUACUCAGCGAGCAGGCUUUAAAGGAAGUUUUUGACGUGUUUCCAGGCGGAGUGCGCAAAGUCUGGAUUAACCGUGAUAUGGGCGCUUUAGCCGGCAAGGUGAAAAUGCGUAAAAACAUCGCCCGCAUGCUCGAGAAAGCUGAGACAGAGUUGAUUGCGAAAUGUAACAAAAUGGCUGGUAAACAUGCGAUAGACAAAGACCAGAGCGCCGUGAGAGGGGCCAGUGUUGGUCUUCGAGUAUACAACGCGAUGAUGACUCCUAUUCCUCCUCGUAAACCCUCUGCCUUGCAUAAAGACAUUGCGAGCUCUGAAAGACUUGAAGUUGGAAGCGCAACAAUCCACAAACCGAUGCCCAAGAGUGGUAAGAUCAAGAAGAUACCUGACCAAGAUGCAGGCCAUGAUGCAAUAUUUGCAAAGAGCGAUCCCUCUUGCCCGGACGAUAUCAGUGAUCACUCGGGCGAGCAACCCUUAUGGAGAAGGUAUCUUGCACAAAAAGAUAGACCUAAUAUGCGCCUUCGCGUCUUUGGCUGGGACUGGAUGCCAAGAUUCGGCCAAAAGGUCGAUACCAUUGAGCACUGUCGAAGAGAGCUUUCUCAGCUAAACCGGGAUAUCGAAAUCGAUCAGAGGAACCCACAACGGUUUCCAUUGAUGAACUCAGCGUUUGUUCAAUUUAACUUGCAGGCCGCCGCACAUAUGGCAUGUCAAUCCGUCAUUCAUCCAAUCCCCAAACAAAUGGCACCUCGAAUAGUUGAGGUUUGCCCUCAUGAUAUAAUAUGGAGCAAUAUGUCCAUUAAGUGGUGGGAACGCUAUGUGCGCACAUUUGGUAUCAUCACCCUAAUUUGCGUCAUGACCAUCAGCUGGGCGAUACCAGUCGCUUUCACUGGCCUGCUUUCGCAGCUAUCAUAUAUCCAGGGUACCUUUACAUGGCUAUCAUGGAUUGGCAUGUUACCAAAAUCUGUUUUGUCUGCUAUGCAAGGCGUUUUGCCGGCCCUUUGCAUGGCAAUCCUCAUGGCACUCCUCCCGAUAUGUCUUCGCCUAUUGAGCUGGGCUCAAGGUCUACAAACCGGCAAAGAAAUUGGACUGGCGGUUCAAAACUACUAUUUCGCUUUUUUGUUUGUGCAACUCUUUCUUGUUGUUGCGGUCGCCGCCAGCUUCUCUACUAUUAUGGACAAUAUUACUGAGGUAAUCAGUUGGCCCGAGCUUUUAGCUCAAAACAUUCCAAAAUCAAGCAACUACUUUUUCUCAUACAUGAUUUUGCAAGCCAUGUCUGUCAGUGCUGGCGCUCUUGUGCAAAUUGCGGAAUUGGUCAACUGGUUUUUCCUUGCUCCUAUCAUGGACUUCACUGCCCGGGAAAAGUGGGCCAGGAUGACAAAUUUGAAUGAGAUAAAUUGGGAUACUUUCUUCCCAGUCUACACUACCCUAGCCUCAAUUGGUUGGUCCCCAACAAGUCCAGGAAGCAUCGAAGCUAAUCAAAAAUCUCAAGGUAUCAUUUACAGCAUUGUUGCGCCUGUCAUCAUUGUCUUCAAUAUAACCACGUUUACUCUCUUCUGGAUCGUUUAUCGCUACAAUACUCUCUAUGUCACGGGAUUUCGCAUUGACACCGGAGGCCUGUUGUUUCCACGUGCUAUCAACCAACUAUUUGUUGGUAUAUAUACUAUGGAGAUAAGCAUGGCUUGUCUUUUUUUCUUGUUCGUGACGAAAAAAACGCUGUAG